CAAGGAUAGGGCGCUGCAGCAAGUGCUAGCGUAGCCAACAUCUGGGGCAUUUGGUGGGCAAUCAGAGCGCUCAGAGUACGUGAUGAUAUUCUGAUCGAUUAUUUGCGGGGAAGUGCUUUAAAGGGUACUGAAUAAACAAGUAGUUUGUAAUAUCCAGUUUUUUGUUAGCCAUUUUUCUUCAUUGUUUUGGUUUUUGCUGAAUGAUGCUGGCCACAGUUUCAUGACGUCAUAGCAAGGGGCUGAUUAAAUUACACUGUGCAUUGCAACUUCUAAACAAUAAUGGAUCAUUAUAAUAAUGCCUACAUUAAGGCACUUGCGAACAAUCAACAGGAAACCAAACGUUGGCAAAUUUACCUAGAUGAUCAACGACAAGUCUGUGAUAAUCUUACAAUGUAUCAAACCCAAGUUAAAGUUGACAUUCUAAUACCGAUAGGCUCGAAAGCGUUUCUCCCGGGACAACUUUAUCAUACGGGUGAAGUGGUAUGCUCUCAUGGAAAUGGCUAUUUUUCAGAUUGCUCCGUUGAUCAAGCUAAACUUAUCAUAGGCCACCGAAUAAGAACUGCCGACAAAAUGUUAGCAAGUUACAAACGUGAAGAAGGACUGUUUACCGACAAACUACAAAUGCCAUUCGCAGAAGAUGUUUUCGGAGGACACGAAAUUAUAGAGGAAUAUGACGAAGAACAGGAAAAGCUUUGGCGAGUGGAACAUGGCAAACGAUUGAAAGCAUCUAAAAAGCUCGAAGCUCUAACUGGAAAGGAUAGUACAACCGAAGGUCAAGACAUCUUUGAGCGUUUAGAAGAGCUGGAACUUAUGGAAGAACUAGAGCAAGAGAUGGAAAGUCUCGACCUACCAAUCGAAAAUGACGAGCAAUUACAUGAAUUGAUGUACAAUGAAAUAAAAAUGAAUACUAAAAAACGAAUAGCACAUGUUCCUGCGAAUGAACUUAUUAGUAAUUGUACGGAUUACGCAUCCAUUGCUAAUCAAACAACUUCUUUAGAGAUGAAUGAUGGCAAGGAUGAUGAAACAAAUGAAAUAGAAACUACUGAUGAUGAAUGCACUAGCGCUUCCGAAGAUUCAAACAGUGACGUGUCUCUAGAGUUUGUCAAACUGCUCCAAGCAACGAAAUCGAUGAAUAGACAGGAAAAGCUUUUAGUAUUUGAAAACAAAUUGAAAGAAAUCGAUGAUAAACUUCGGCACAAUUCCAUAACUGUAGAAGAGAAAUUAAACAUUUGCGAUCUCCGUUAUGAAUUAGAAGAAGCUCUUGAUUUUCUUGUACCUUUCUGGGAAUCAAAGGACACUAUAGAACAAAGCGAGCCUUUAAUAAAAACUAAACGAAAAAUAAAAUUUGCUGACAAAAAUAGUGUUAAAAUUAUCGAAUGUCAAGACUCAAAUGAUAGUAGUUCUGCGCUCACAAUGAAUUGUAAAAUAAAUCAUUCUUUAGAAAUGUGCAAAGUGUCUCAAACAGCUGAAAAGAACGAAAUUCAAAGCCCACUUGAUAUUUAUUCCAUGUUCGAACACUGCUUUCAAAAAGAAGACAGUGUUGAUCCAAUAAAAGAAACCAAAUCAAUUCUGAAGAAUCGAGAUAUGGUGUUGGCUGAAACACAUCACUUGGAGACUCCUAAAUUGACUAGAUGUAACAAACAGAAAGACCUAUUUUCUGUUCAAAUCAUUGGCGAUGUAAGAGAACACUUGGAACCUUUACCUGCUUCAAUUCCUCCUGUAACAGGGGGCUCAAAAAAAGUUAGCCGUUUUAAACAACAAAAACGCUAGUAUAUUUGUAUGUAUUUUGACGCGAAUCAUAAAAAAAAUUGUUUUA